CCACUGGUGACGUUCUUGUCACGUGAUCAGAAGCAGCCUUUUGCAGAAGUCCCUCUCUUCCAGGUACCAGCAACCAUCUCCUUAUCUUAUCUCCGUGGAGGAAGGCAGUCUCGAAGCUGAACGACAGAGGGGUGGGGGCAACUGCCCUAUAGCCCGGCAGGUCUUCAGGUCUGUGGCUGUGGGCACCAACCCAUCCAAGAAAAGGAAAGACCUGCAGUAUCAGUGCAGAACAGACAACAGAGAAACAUUGCAACAUGGAAAAGUUCUACAAAGAAAAUGAAGGAAAGCCAGAAAACAAGGAAAGGGCAGAAGAUGAAGGAAGUACAGAAGAGGGAGGAAAUGAAGACAAGUCAGAUGCAGAGGGGAAGCCAGCACACCAGGGGAAGCUAAAGGAGGGAGGGACAGGUGAGCAGGGACAACAGAAAGGUGAAGGGAAGCCAGAAAAGCAGGGAAAGUCUAAAGGGGAAGGCAAGCCUGAUUCCCAGGCAAAGCCAGACAGCGAGGCACAGGCUGCAGAAAAGCGCCCUGCUGAAGAUUAUGUGCCCCGGAAAGCAAAACGAAAAACAGACAGGGAGACAGAUGAUUCUCCCAAGAACUCCCAGGAGGACUUACAGGACAGGCGUGUUAGCUGUGAGGAGAUGGUGAGGGAGUAUGCAGAUGCCACUAGGGCUCAGGAAGAACUGAGGAAAAGGCAGAAAAUCGGUGGUUUUCACUGGGUGCCAAGAGAGGCACAGAAUGCAUUAGUCCCCAGGGGCCAACAGCGGGGAGUCAGGGGAGUCAGGGGAGGAGGCAGGGGACAGAAGGACUUGGAAGAUGCUCCCUUUGUUUAAUGCCUUUGGCCUUUCCUUUUGGUUUCUUUGAUGGGAAAUAUUGCCAGCCCUGCUUUCCUGGCAGGUAUUUGCCGGGCUCUGUGCUUUAACCUUGUGCUGAUAUUUUUCUUUAGGUGUCACUCUUGUUACCAGCAGACAGCACUCUGUCUUUUAGUAAAGGACUUUCACCCAUGUGCAUGGAAGAGAUGUUCAUGGUAUACUGUGAAAUAAUAAAGAUAACACUUUGCAGAACCACA